AUGUCGCAGGAGAAUCCUCGGACCUUGGAACAGGUUAAUGAGGUUUUAACGUUGGCCAAAUUAACUGAAGAGGAUAUAAUGCCGACUUCCCAAGCAAUAUAUUUCACGGACAAUAUUUACGAUAACAACUAUAAAUUUUUACAAUUGGAUGCGCAUUUGAUGAGUGAAAUCAAAGAGGGUCAAACGCUUUUCAUCAAAGGCGCCGAUGACGAAGAAGUAGUCAUUUGUUCGGAAACAAAGACUUACAAUGUUUUAGAGGCUGAAACUUCGAAUAGUUUGCUUUUGGUGGACGGGUUAAAAUUCACGGAAGAUGUUAAGAAUACGGCCGAAAGGGGGAUAAAUAAGGUGCGCGUCUAUGGCAUUUUCUUCGAUUAUUUGGAAGCAGUGGCUGCGAAACCCCACUUAAAAAAAUUAAGAAAUAUGUUGGAAGGGGGUAUUUAUAAGGGGCCAGAGCAUGAGUACAGUGUUAAAAGCGAAAAUUUGUUGAGCAUAACCGAUCUAAACCGAGUUAUUCAAGCUUCGAAUAAGGAAAUAGACGACGCAAUAGCUUUAAUGGACGUGGUGGAAAUAAACAAUAAAAUAAGAUUGUUGGAUUUUGAGUAUCAUUUUCGAGUGCUGUCGUUUAUGUUGAAAUUAAUAGACGAAAACUCGUGGCAAUUGGACCACAUUGAAUACGAGGAAACAGCAAACUCUCUAAGCGAUUUAGUCCCAACUGAAAUUGUAAAUGUCUUAUUCGACAAAUACACCACGGAAAGUAAAAUUAUCGACGGAGUCCAGCUUUAUAAGUACAAAGAGGAUAAAGUGUGCACUUUUUUCGCACAAGUUCUGCUAAAAAGUGCUGGAAAAUUCAACUUGAACGAGUUUCUUCAAGCUUGGAAAGACUCCGUUCCCGAAGGUAUGGUUCCGCAAGAAGAAAUGCUAUACGGAAUAGCAAUCAUCGACAGAAAAUCUAACCCGAACGUUAUAAGGGCUUUCGAUGAAGAGAAUUUAUCAGAGAACAUCAUGGAAAGGCUGAACGCCUUAUUUGAAGUCAAAGAAAAAUGGUCGGUACCCGAAAUCACACCCUAUAUAAAACGCCUAGCUACGGAAAAAGUUGACGCUAACGCUUUACUGGCCAAAUAUGCAAGAGCUUCCAAACAAAAUGAUGUUAAAUACUACUCUGCCAAACAUGCAAAGUAG